GGGCAGACGUCUUCAGACGGCAGGGCUUACAGAAGAAAUGUAGCUGCCUCUCUUCUGGGAACUGCGUGUUUCUGGCAUCCGCACACUGAACGAACACUGGUGAAGUCGUGAUCCAUCCGAGCUGCACAUACAAAUAUGAAGAUACUCUGGCUAAUCCCAUUUUUCCUGCUGCAAGACACGGAAGCUUUUCUGAUGAAGAAUGCUAAAAUCAAGCUGUGUUUACAAGCCAGCACAUCGGAUGAGAGUUUGCUGCUGGAGGACUGCAACCCAGCAUCACAUUUGCAGGACUGGUCUUGGCAGGGUGAUUCCUUGAUAAAUCACGGCACGCAGAGCUGCCUCUCUGUGGUGGAGGCCAGCAGAGUGCAGACAAGCCCCUGUGACAGCACAGCUUACACGGGCUGGGACUGCUCGAAUUCAUUGCUCUCUCCUCUGGGCAGCAGCCAGGGCUACCUGGUGGCGAGCAGGAAAGGAGUUGGUCUUGAUAACGUGAGAGGUCUCAAGGCUCAGUGGUGGCAAGGUGUCACGGAGGGGAAUGUCUGCAAGGAGAAAGCAGCCAAGGCAGUGCAAGACAGCUACUUCCAUGCAGCCCUUACCAGCACGCAGGUGUACGACCACACAGCAUACAACUUUACCCUCGUGGGGGGUAUGGAUCCAGAAAAGCUGAAGGAUCUGCUGUGGUUCUUCCGCACAGAAGACUCAUCAACGUGGAAUUACUCCAUCCUUGCGCUUUCCUUCGUGGUCACGAUUCUGGGUCUUCUCCUCCUGGGCAUUAACAUUACACGAAACAGGAAAAGGAAGAUCCACAUGUACAAAGAAGCGGUGCAAGCUGCCCAGCAAGCUGAGCUGGAAGCCAAGCAGGCCCUGAUACCGGUGCAGGAGUACAGCCCGGGCAGCCCGCAGAUGCGGGAGCCGGCACUGCAGGAGGAGAGGGCAGGAGAGGUGCUGGUUCAGUGGAAGGACGGGACCAUCACCACCCUGUACAAGGAGAGCUCACAGGAUGCCAUGUAAUGGCGGCUGGAGUCAAACCACUUAGUCUCAAAGGAACGUAUCAAAAUGUCUCGAUUCACACUGAUUGAAGAUGGGGAAGUUUAGCAAUGCAGUUUAGCCUGGGGGGAGAAAAAGAAAAAGGAAACAGAAGUGGCUCUGGACUCUCAAAGCCGUGCCUCCCCCGUUUCAGCUCUGUCUGGGUGCUCUUUACCCGCUGCUCUCAGGUGCCUCCAGGCUUCCCUCCCGCGAGCAUCGCCCCCUCGCCCAGAUGCUGCCCGCUGGGCUGGGAGCCGAGGCGCGAGGGGCUGGGGGCUCUCGCCAUGGUCAGCUGGGGAAGGCACCCUCAGGAAAACACUGACACUGAAGCAGAGGAGCGUUUGCUCUUUUCAGAAGUCAUCUUUAUUAAAAUAUUUUCCAAAGUUGAUCGAAAUCCCCUAUCGAAUCUCUCUCUAUAUAUCACUAAGGUCAUAUGUAUAUAUGUACAAAUGUACAUGUGGGUGUUUCACUCUGCAGAUCCGUGCAACUCCAGGGAGAAGCAGGACAUUUGUCCUGAUACAGCAGAUGAGCUCAAACACACAGCCCUUGGCUUGGGCACAGGUAGAGCCUGGUCACAGCACACGGUGCUCUGUGUUAGGAUUGUCUUCACACCCUUCGCAGGGCACACACAGAGGCCAUGAAAUAAUUUAAGACAUUUGGGAAGUACAUCACAUCAGUCUUUUAAACAGAAGCUUUUAGGAAUGCGUCCUGGUCAGUGAAGCAUCUCUCCUUGCAAAGCCUUUGAAAAGGAACACUGUCGUAGAAAAGUUGGUUA